AUGAUGAUGGAUGAUGAUGAUAUGGAUGAUGAUGAUGAUAUGGAUGAUGAUGAUGAUAUGGAUGAUGAUGAUGAUAUGGAUGAUGAUGAUGAUAUGGAUGAUGAUGAUGAUAUGGAUGAUGAUGAUGAUAUGGAUGAUGAUGAUGAUAUGGAUGAUGAUGAUGAUAUGGAUGAUGAUGAUGAUAUGGAUGAUGAUGAUGAUAUGGAUGAUGAUGAUGAUAUGGAUGAUGAUGAUGAUAUGGAUGAUGAUGAUGAUAUGGAUGAUGAUGAUAUGGGGGGGGACAUGGGGGGGGGGACAUGGGGGGGGGACAUGGGGGGGGGACAUGGGGGGGGGACAUGGGGGGGGGGAUAUGGGGGGGGGAAUAUGGGGGGUCUUUUGUUGAAUACAAUCUUCUUGGCACGAAUUACAGAAUUGGAAGACUAUCUGGUAGUUCAUCACUAUAUUAAAAUGGGUGAUAAGAAUCACGCACAGAUUAAUGCAAUCAUGACUUAA